AUGUUCUUCUGCCCUCGAAGGCGGUGGGUGAGGGGCGUCACUGGGCACGGUGGGCAGGCAAGGGGCAUUAGCAGGCUGGCGUUGUACGUGUACGAGUACCUGCUGCAUGUGGGAGCCCAGAAAUCGGCACAGACCUUCCUCUCAGAGAUCCGAUGGGAGAAGAACAUCACUUUGGGGGAGCCCCCGGGGUUCCUGCACUCCUGGUGGUGCGUGUUCUGGGACCUGUACUGUGCGGCACCGGACCGCCGGGAGACGUGUGAGCACUCCAGCGAAGCCAAGGCCUUUCAUGACUACUGGGUACCAGGGGCAGCAGCGUGGAGCCACCCUCUAGUCUGGAAGGGCCCCACUGCGAGGCAACAGAGGAUACCAGCUCUGAGUGCCGCGGCGGCCCCCAGCCCCGUGAUGGGGAACAUGCCCCCGAAUGAUGGCAUGCCAGGAGGACCCAUGCCACCCGGUUUCUUUCAGGGACCUCCGGGCUCUCAGCCAUCACCGCACGCACAGCCUCCACCCCACAACCCCGCCGCCCCCAUGCUGGGGCCCCACAGCCAGCCUUUCAUGUCUCCUCGCUACCCCGGCGGCCCCCGGCCCUCGCUCCGCAUGCCGAACCAGCCGCCCGUGGGGGUCCCAGGUUCCCAGCCGCUGCUGCCCAACAGCAUGGACCCCAGCACGAGAUCGCAGGGGCAUCGAAUGGGGGCGCGAUGCACGGGACUCGCUCCUGCUCCUCUCUUGCAGAACUACAGCAGCGGGAUGCGGCCCCCGCCCAACUCGCUGGGCGGCCCUGGCAUGCCCACCAUGAACAUGGGCCCAGGAGGGCGAGCGCCGUGGCCAAACCCCAACACCAACUCUAUCGCGUACUCCUCCUCAUCACCCGGAAGCUACGUGGGCCCUCCAGGAGGCGGCGGCCCCCCCGGAACCCCCAUCAUGCCCAGCCCAGGAGACUCCACAAACUCCAGCGAGAACAUGUACACCAUGAUGAACCCCAUUGGGCCCGCUGGGAACCGGCCGAACUUCCCCAUGGGGCCUGGGCCCGAUGGGCCCAUGGGAGGCAUGAAUGCAAUGGAGCCCCAUCACAUGAAUGGAUCCUUAGGCUCUGGCGACAUGGACGGGCUGCCAAAGAGCUCACCAAGUAACAUGGCUGGGCUGAGCAACCCGCCCGGGACUCCACGGGACGACGGCGAGAUGGGCGGCACCUUCUUAAACCCCUUCCAAAGCGACAGUUACUCGCCCAGCAUGACAAUGAGCGUGUGAUCGGCUCGGACGUCCCGGCGCAGAGAGCCAGACGCCCCCGCGGUUCUAAACUAUUU